AUGGGUGAUUUAACGGAACCAAUGGAGCCCCAAGAUCAAGACAAAAUUGAGAAAGCUCACUAUGAGGCUGAGGAGAUCGAUCGAUUGGUGGACGACUUCCUAGCUCGUCAGACCAGCGCGUCAGAGAACCGCGGAGACAUUGUUUUUGAGGAUCUGUCUGUAAUAGGAGCAGGAAUUGGGCAUCAACUUGUUAACAAUGUCCCCGAGGCGUGUAUGCGACUCUUCAAGCUUGCUAAUCCCGCUAGAUGGUCCAGUAAGCCUGCUCCAUCUCGGGUCCUACUCCGCAAGUUGACCGGCUCAAUUCGUGAGGGCGAGAUGCUGAUGGUGGUGGGGCGACCUGGCAGUGGUUGUACCACUUUUCUCAAAGCCCUAGCCAACAUGCGGGAAGAGUACCUUGCUAUGGAGGGUAAAGUCUGGUAUGGAUCGCUUGAUGCAGCGGCAGCGAAGAAGAACAGACCCCAUGACAUUGCUUUCGUUGGCGAAAACGAUGUUCACUUUCCCACAUUGUCAGUAAGCACCACGCUACGCUUUGCGCUUAAUGCUCGGCGCGGUACAUCUGAAACGGCUCGCGCAUCAAGCCUUGAGCAAGACCUGCAAACUGUACUGCAACUCAUGGGUCUCGACCACGCGGCCGGUGUACGAAUUGGAAACGAUCACAUUCGCGGAGUCAGUGGUGGACAGCGUCGGCGAGUAUCUCUUGCUGAGGCUUUUUGCACCCGUGCAAGUUUAUUCUGCCUUGAUAACCCUACUCGAGGUUUGGAUUCCUCGACUGCGAUCCGCUUCCUCACUGUCCUUCGGAAAUAUACGACACGCAGUGGAUGUGCCACAGCAAUGUCUUUGUAUCAGGCCAGCGACCUUGCGGUUUCACUGUUUGACAAGAUAUUGGUUUUGAAUGAAGGCCGUGUAGCAUACUAUGGCCCGGCGUCUUCUGCCAAAGAGUACUUCGAAUCGCUCGGAUUUUACUGCUCCUCGCGGACUUCCAUAUCGGACUUCCUUGCAUCUAUGUCAGGAACUCCGGAUGGUCGACUCUCCCGCGAAGAUAUUCAGCGGCCAGUUCCUCUUCAUCCUGCUGAUUUUGAAGCCCGGUUCUGGGAGAGUAGCUUUUAUCAAGAGGCAAUUGAGAAAUCCAAGGCGCCCCAACAUACGUCGUCGACUAUAAAGCCCUCUGGAUAUGCUCUUCCAUUUUAUCGUCAGGUCUAUGAGUGCACUAUCCGUCAUUAUCGCAUCUUUAUGACCGACAGGGCUGCUUGGAUUGCUGAAGCCGCAGGAACUAUUGUGCAAGCUCUUCUUCUCGGUACUCUAUUUCGAAACCAACGCGACGAAACUGAAGGGCUGUACACACGCUGCUCAGCCUUGUUCUUCUGUGUACUCAUUAUGGGUCUACAAGCAUCUGCGGAGUUUGGAAAUACGUUCGUUCAACGCCCGAUUUUGUUGAAACAGAAGUCCCUAGGAUUUUACCGACCCGGAGCGUACGCGCUGGGGCAGAUUCUCGCCGAUGUUCCGUGGAAGCUCAUUUUCAUCCUCUACUCCCUUCCUAUUUACUGGAUGAUAGACUUUCAGCGCACCGCCGGCCAUUUCUUCACAUGGCUCGUCUGUCUCUACAUGGGCUUGAUGGCGCUUUCCGUGAUGUUUCGGGCUAUUGCGGUAUUUACAACUUCCAUUACUCGAGCCAUCCUGCCUGUUGGUCUACUUCUCAAUGUUCUCAUCAUAUACACUGGCUUCUAUAUCACUCCACCUGGCAUGAAGGUCUGGCUGGGAUGGAUCCGAUACCUAGAUGUAAGUCUUCUGAGCAAGAGCGAAUUUUCUGGGGGAUCAGAAUCUAACAAUUCCUUUUUUUCUCAGCCAAUGUACUAUAUCUUUGAGUCCAUUGCCCUAAAUGAGAUUGGGGACAGCGCGUAUCAAUGCAGUGCCAAAGAUACCGUACCCGUGGGGUUAUCAUACAAUGAUACCAGCUAUCAGACGUGCGCGAUGUCGGGAUCCUUACCCGGUCACCUAGAUCUUUCCGGAAAGCUCUAUCUUAUGGCUGAAUAUGGCUUCCACUCUCUUCACAAGUGGCGGAAUGUCGGUAUAAAUGCCGCCUUCUUCCUUUUUUUCUCAGUUCUGGUCACAAUCGGAAUGGAGAGAUUCCGUCAUGCAGCGGCACACAUGUCGACUAUCUAUUAUCGAAAGCUACCAUGGACAAAAACCUCAGCUACCAGUCUGACAGAUAUUGAAACACCACCAUUGACCAAUGAAAUCGGAAAAUAUGAGAAGACGUCGGAGAGCGAGUCGGCCGCUAACCAUUUCGAGCCUAAUAGUCAUACCUUUGCAUGGCAGGAUCUGACUCUUGACCUGGGCAAUGGAAAGCGAUUGCUUGAUAAUCCCGGCUCAAUGACCGCGUUGAUGGGUAUGUCUGGUGCAGGGAAGACGACCCUUCUUGACGCUCUUGCACAGAGGAUCCAGAUUGGCGUGUUAUCUGGAGGGCUUUAUCUCGAUGGGGGUCCACUACCGGCAUCAAUGGGUCGUCGGACUGGCUUCGUUCACCAGAAUGAUAUCCAUCUUGAUUCGUCCACGGUACGAGAAGCCCUCCAGCUGAGUGCAAGACUCCGCCGCCCAUCUGAUAUUUCUCUUGAAAAAAAGAUGGCGCAUGUUGAAAUGGUCAUCAGCCUCUUGGACAUGGAAGAUAUUGCCGAUGCUGUCAUUGGUGUUCCAGGGGCCGGACUAGAUUUGGAGAGGCGUAAGCGUGUCAGUAUCGGAGUUGAGCUGGCAGCCAAGCCGGACAUUCUUCUAUUCCUUGAUGAGCCCACUUCGGGUUUAGAUGGCAAUUCGGCUCUUUCAAUCGUCCAGCUUAUGCGUAAGCUGUCCCAUGCCGGGCAAACGAUACUGUGCACGAUUCAUCAACCCUCUUCUCAGAUGAUUGAACAAUUUGACUCCUUGCUAAUUUUGAUCCCUGGAGGCAAGACGAUGUACUUUGGCCCCCUUGGCCAUCAGUGCAGAAUAAUUCUCGAUUACUUCGCUCGCUAUACACGCCGCUGUAAUAAUACCGAAAAUCCAGCCGACUACCUGCUGGACGUCAGCGCUGACUCUCAAAAAGACUGGUUUCAGAUCUGGCAACACUCGCCCGAGUUCGAGGCCACAAAAGAGCAACUUCAAAAUCUCAAGGAGAAAGACGUUAUAGUCUCUGCAGGAUCAGAUCGAGCCCAUGCCGCCUCAUAUCUCGAGCAGCUUCAGGUGGUCACCCAGCGUGCGUUCACCAAUUACUGGCGCGACUCAGACUAUGUGCUGGGGAAAAUCCAGCUUAACAUCUGGAUGGGCUUGAUGAAUGGAUUGACCUUUCUUCAACUCUCUAAUGACCUAACGGACUCUCGCGGCCGCAUGUUCUCCAUCUUUGUGGGCGUCAUCACUGGGCCUGUCCUUAGUCUUCAGAUCGAGCCGAGGUUCAUCAUCCUGCGAGACCAAUUUUUGGCCCGAGAGAACGAGUCCCACGUGUACCAUUGGAGCGUGUUCACUAUCAGUGCCUUGCUAGUAGAGAUCCCAUUCACCCUACUCGGAGGCCUGAUAUACUGGCUGCUAUGGUACUAUAUGGUGGGAUAUUUCACCAUCUCAACGAGCGCGGGCUAUGCGUUCCUCAUGUACGAACUCUACUCGCUCUUUGUCGCCAGCCUGGCCCAAUUUACGGCUGCGAUAUUCCCUACCACUCUGGCGGCACAGGUCGCCACCGGCUUCGUGUGGCUGGUAGUUAACACCUUCAACGGCCCUCUCUCGCCGCCGCCCCUGACUCCUCGUGGCUGGCGCUGGUUCUACAACAUCUCCCCACUAUACUACUUUAUCGAAGGUAUCGGUAGCAACGCAAUGCAUGCGCUAGAAAUCACCUGCCGAAGCUCCGAGCUAAGCGUCUUCAUUACCCCGACGUCGGAGACCUGUGGCUCCUACGCCGCCGCGUUCUUCAGCCAGUCCAAUUCGACUGGUUACCUGGUGGAUACCAGCGCUACGGGACAAUGCGAAUAUUGCAGUUACGCUAAUGGCGAUCAAUAUAUCAAACAAUAUGAUUUCAGCUACUCGCAGAGAGGUCGUAAUGUGGGAAUAUUCAUUGGGUUCAUCCUGUUCAACUACACGAUGGCUAUUGUGGCGACGUAUUCGAUCUUCAUUUUCAAAUGGCGGAAGCGUUCGGCGUGA